UGGAACUUCCGGCGGAAGUACGCACAAGGUGCUAGCACCGUUAGCUUCCAGCUUCCUUCUGUUUAUCGUUGGUUGGAAAACGGUUUUUACUGUGUGAGCUGAAUAUUUCAGUGUCCGUAGUAACAAUAUCUCCGGUUCAUCAUCAGAGAGAGAUAAACUGUCGGAUAAAUAUUCAAACUCAGAGAUCGAUCAUCAGCUCAGGCUGCUGGAUUCAUCUGGAAAACCCAAAACAUCUCCGAACCUCCUGGAGGUGUUUCCUGAUCCAGGCUUCAUAGAAAACAGCUGAUCCAAAUGAUUGGAUGACGUUUCCUGCAGUCGUCCUGUUAAUCACCCAAAGAUUCAAUCCAGGUCUUCCACAGCCUCAUCUCUGUUCCUGCUCUCAUAACUGAAGGGAAGAACUCAGACGUCCACAUGACGGUAAACUCUAUGAAAAUACAAGAGCAAAAACAACACAAGAUGGGUGAGCCAAAAGAGGAACCAGAACCUCAACCAAUCAAAGAAGAACAGGUUGAACUGUGGGCCAUUCAGGAUGAGGAGCAGCUUUUAGUGAAGCAGGAGAGCAGCACCUCUACAGCGACUGCUGCUUCUGAGAAAAUAUCCCACAAUGAACCAGAACUGGACCAGAGGAUGGAGAUAAAGGAGGAACCAGAACCUGUUGAGAUUAAAGAAGAGCAAAAGCAUCUCUGCAGUGAUCAGGAUGAAGAUCAUCUUUUAGUGAAGCUGGAUCCUGAAGCCUUGAUGGUGUCUCCUACUUAUGAGCAAAAAGACAAUAAUGAACCAGAACCAAACAAGAACCAGCUGCUCUCUGCACACGGACCUGAAGAUGAGAACCAACAUCAGCAAGAAAGCAACCAGAAAGACUCAGGAUCCAGUAAAGAUAAAGAUCUGAGUCCAGAAAAGAGACCACAGGAGAGCAGAAAUAAGAGGGACAGUGUGAACAAUUCAGAGCUAAAAAAACAGAAAACAGAUUUAUCCUGCUGUAAUGAAUGUGGUAAAUACCUAACAACCCCACAGCACUUGAGUUUGCACAUGAGAAUCCACACAGGGGAGAAGCCACAUCCUUGUAAAAUGUGCAGUAAAUCCUUUAGAAAUAGUGGUAAUUUGCUUCGGCAUGAAAGGACUCACUCAGGAGAAAAGCCGUUUUUUUGUGAAGUGUGCGGUAAGUCCUUCAGGUAUGAUGGACAUUUCACUAUUCAUAAGAGAACACACACAGGGGAAAAACCAUAUCACUGUAAACUAUGUUCCAAAUCCUUCAGUGACUGGACUGGUAUGGCCAGACACAUGGGAACUCACGCCAACGAGAAACCAUAUUCUUGUGAAGUGUGCAAAAAAUCUUUCAAAAAACGACACGACUUGUCUCGUCACCUUAAAACUCACACAGGUGAGAAACCUUUCUCAUGCAUGACAUGUAGGAAAGGUUUCAUCAGGAAAUUUGCUUUAACUAUGCACAUGAGAACUCACACAGGUGAGAAGCCAUAUCCAUGUGAACUGUGCGAUAAAUCUUUUCGAGACCAGAGUAAUUUAGCUCGACACAUCAGAACUCACAUGAGAAAGAAGCAGUAUUCUUGUGAUGUGUGCGAUAAAUCUUUUAGAGACCGUAGUAAUUUGGCACGUCACAUAGCAACUCACAUGGGUGACAGACAUCCUUGUGAAUUCUGUGUCAAAUCUUUUAGACAGAGUAGUGAUUUGGUUCGUCAUCUUAGAACGCACACAGGCGAGAAACCUUUCUCAUGUUCGACUUGUGGUAAAAGUUUCCCAAGGCAAUCUGCCUUGAAUGUUCACAUAAGAGCUCAUACAGGUGAGAAGCCAUUUUGUUGCAACUUGUGCCACAAAUCUUUUAGAGACAAUAGCAACAUGGCUCGUCACCUCAGAACCCACACAGGUGAGAAACCAUAUUCUUGCAAACUGUGUGGUAAGUCCUUUCAGCACUCUUAUUAUUUGACCAAUCAUAUGAGCACUCACACAGGUCAGAAACCAUAUCCUUGUGAUUUGUGUGAUAAGUUUUUCAUGCAACGCAGCGAUUUGGCUCGUCACCUGAGGACUCACACAGGGGAGAAACCUUAUUCUUGUGAAUUCUGUGAUAAAUCUUUCAGACAGAGCAGUAUUCUGACCCGUCACCUCAGAACUCACACCGGUGAGAAGACUUGAGACUCCCAUAUUUCUCAAGCUGAACAAUCAAUGCGCCGUUUUACUUUUAUGAAACGGUAAUGGAGAGAACAUCACACCUUCCUGCAGACAGCCUCCUUAGUGGACAACAACGUUACAAUUUCCAUCCAGGAGUUUGUAGCCAUUUGACAGUCUUCAUAGUUAUUUAGUGAAGAGUUACGUAGAUCCAUAAUUCCUCACUGCAUUCGGUAAAGAUUUACUUUCAGGUUUAAAUUGAUUAAAAACAUUCAAAAUCUGAAGAAGUUUUCUGGACUUGAGCAAAAAGAAUGUAUUUCUUGGUUGAAAGACAAAAAUCAGAUCAUUUUCUAAUCAAUACUUAAUAUCACCUUUUGAGAUUCACUUCCUGGUUACAGUCAGACUGUUUGCUGCAAAUUCACAACUGAUGGACAAACUUCUUUAUAACAAAAUGUUCAAAGUUCCAUUUAUUGUUAUGAAAAUGUAAUUUUUUUUCUUCUUAAGUCUCAUGACCAUGUUGAACUUUUGUGUUUAUAGUCUGUUGACUGUGUGAACAUGUGGUUUAUCUUAUAUCCAUUUCAUUUUGAUCUUCUGACUAGAUAAUGUUGUUAUAUGAACUUGAAAUAAAAACACGUGGAGCUGAUGGACUGACGGCCAACAGCU